AUGGGGGCGGAGGAAGAAAACGACAGAAAAAGAAUUCCGUGUCCUCUUGAUCCAAACCACACUGUCUAUGAAGACCAACUACAAAAACAUUUAAAAAAAUGUAAUUCAAGAGAGAAGCCAAAGCCAGUCUACUUUGUUCAAGAUAUUAAUGCAGGUUUAAAAGAUGUAGCAGAAAUACCAGAAAAACAAGUACCUCUCUCUUCUCUAUCCAAAGAAGAGCUGGAGAACUUAAUUAGCAAGCUGAAAAAAGCAAGUAAUGGUUUGGAACUUUGCCUUAAGGAACAAAUACUGUCCCACCAGGCUUUACAAGAAGCCUUAAAUGACCCCAAGAAUGGGGAAUCCGCUUUCAAACACUUGAAACAACAGGCUUCUAUUUUAGGUAACAUGGAAAAAUUACAUUUACUUGGUCCAGGAAGGUGUUUUGUUGAAUUUGGAGCUGGGCGAGGAAAGCUGUCUCAUUGGGUUGACGUUGCCUUACAGAAUGUUGAAAAUGUUCAGUUUUUGCUCGUGGAAAGGGCAACUACAAGAUUCAAGGUGGAUGGAAAACAUAAAAGGAGAGAUUCUGUAUUUGAAAGACUUCAAGUUGAUAUUCAACACUUAUGUUUAAAUAAGGUACCUAUUUUGGAGAAGAAAAAACUAGCAGUGGUGGGAAUUGGGAAGCAUUUGUGUGGUGCUGCAACAGAUCUUGCUUUGAGAUGCUUGGUUGAAAGUUAUACAACUUGCUGUGAUGGAGAAAACGAAGAGCCUGCACCAAAACGCUCUAGGAAUGAUAAGACGGAGGUGGCUUCUAACAAUUCUGCUGAUAAUGAAAGCAACAGAGAAGAGUGUAAGCCUGUCGCUGGAAUUGUUAUUGCACUGUGCUGCCAUCACAAGUGUGACUGGACACAUUAUGUAGGCAGAGAGUUCUUCAAAUCAGUAGGACUUGGGCCAGUAGAAUUUCAUUAUUUUCAGAGAAUGAGUAGCUGGGCCACUUGUGGCAUGCGAGAAACCGCCACCAAAGCCUCUACAAGUGAAGAAAACGAAGAUCAAACUAACGACAUAGAAGAACAUGAGCAAACACUCAGCAAGACAGAGAGUGGUUCUGAUACUUUACAAGGGAUACUUACUGUUGAAGAACGGAAGGAGAUAGGUUGCCUCUGUAAACUGCUGAUUGAUCACGGACGGAUUGAAUACUUAAAACAACGAGGAUACAAGGCUGCGCUACAGUAUUAUACAGACUCUGCUGUGUCCUUGGAGAAUGUCCUGUUGACAGCUGUCCCAAGUCCUUCUUUGAUACCAGAGCCAACUCCAUGACAGGAGAUAGAUUUGGAAUCGGUAGGAAGAAAACCUAUAAAAUUAUCUGGAUUUUUUAAAAAAGCUAAUUCAUGGCUUACAAAAAAAUGUUUUAUCCUUUCCUGUACCCAGGAAAAGGUCUUAUUUCCCAGUUUCAUUGGGAAUUACAAAUAUGCAAACCAAUUCUCAUCGGUGGAAAAAUAAAAUCCCUAGGAAUAUUUGAAACCCAAUCGUACGCCUCUUUGUUAGGAAGAAGUAUACUUGAUCUUUUCUUCCAUUGACAGUUACAUUCUUUAUUCGUUAGCUUCUAUGGUAGGAGAAGAACCAGAAGUACAACUUUCCAGAUCUGAAAGACAAUGGGUUAAAAUAAAAGAAAUUAACAUACGUUAUUUUCACUUUGAAGAGGAGGAUAGCUUUUUAUUUCCUCUUGAAUUAUUUAAGUAGGCCUAGGUACUUUCAUCAGCCCAUGCUGCUAGGGGAAUCUGUUAAGGAAUAAAACUUACUUGUAAACUGUCAUCUUGAUAUAUUUUUGAUAGUUUUAUUAUUCAUUCAUGAAAUAUUGAUAAAAAGAAAGCUGGCUUAGUGCUCUACAUCAAGAGCAUUUCAGUCAUUCAUUUUUUAAGCCUUCACAAUAUAUAGAAUGAAGAUCAGAGAGAACAUUUAUAUCUGGAAUGAACGAAGUUCUCUCUGCAAGUAACAGCUGCCACUUGUGCAUCUGUUCAAAAGUGCUUAUUUUGGUCUCUUACUGCAACGUUUAAGCUGUUACCUUUGAGACUACUAACAGCAUUCUUCUGUCAUAGUGAUUUAGAAAUGGGAUGAAAUGGGGGGGUGUUUUGUUUAGGUGACUGGAUUAUCUAUCAGGGAAAGCAAGCUGUGAGAAACAUCUGUUUAUCAGGUGUUGAUAACUCAUUGCUAAAAAUGUUGUAUGUGGGGAACAUAGGCAUCUCUCCCUUACAUCCAUCUGGACAACACCCAAAACCAGAGAAAGCUGAGCUUCAUGAGACAAGCAGUGCUGGAAGACCCACACUGUGUAAAGUCUGAUUAAAUUGCCAAUACAAGAGACAGUCAUCAGCUUCCAGUUAUCCAGGCUGUGGGUAACUCGGGCACAUUUAUUCUAAUGUUCUAUAGUUCCAGUAUGUUCCUACUAGAAUAUAUGCAGUUCAUGUGAAGACCUGCUGUGCCGACUCCUGAUAAAAGCGCCCCUGCCCUCAGUAAAAA